CUUCACGGGCGUUUACAAUUUUCCAAAUAAAUCCUAAAUUUUUUUUAUUAAAAUUUUAUAAUUUAUUACUUUCCUUUAACAUUUUUUAAUUUAGAAAUCCUUUUCGAAUUGGACUGCUUGAUUUCUAAAACACUCUUUAUAAAAUAAUAUUUCGCAUUAACAUAACAUUAUUUCCCUUUCAACUUUUUAAUGCGAUUUUGUCUGAUUUUUUACUUUUAAUUAAUAUUUUGAGAAAUAAAAACAAUUUAGUUUUUCAAUUAAGUAAUUUUGUAUGAAAAGGAUAGAAAGUUGCUUUUAAGAAAAUGUUUUCUGAGCGCACCUUUCAAGCGCAAAUCAUCCAAAAUGAAUUUCAACAAUCACUCCACGCCAAGGAUCUUGAGCCUGGUACAAACACUCGUGGUAACAUCAUCAAGAGAAAAAUGAAAGACUACUUCACGCUAUUCCUGGAGACUUCAUCGAUACAUGGGUUGAACCACUUGGUUGCAUCCAAAAGGCAUCCUUUUGAAGUUCUUCUCUGGCUCACCAUUGUAGCACUCUCAGUAUUCGGGGCACUGUACUUGUCCCGGGCUACGUGGACCCGCUACCAGUCCUCGCCCACCGUCUUGUCCAUGGACCGAGAUAUGUUCGCCUGGAAUACCACCUUCCCGUGUGUCACCAUCUGCCCGAACUCUAAGCUGGAUGCGAAGAAACUCCGCGCUUAUGUACAAAGUUCAUCAGAGCCGGAUAAGGAAACGCUAACAAAAUUCAUCAUCGGCAUUUCCAACGCUACGUACGAAACUUUCGACACCAUACCCGUAUAUGAUGGGAUACCAGCUGACAAAUACGUGGAGCUGGUACUCAAUUUGUCAGCGAGCUUCAAGCCCACUCUCACUAUAGGAGCUACGGGCAUAAGUCUCAAUAUAAUACCGACUAUAACCGAGAUGGGGCUGUGCUACGCUGUGAAUUCAAAAGUUGCUAUUUACAACUCCCCUGCUUACAGGGCAGCCAACAGAUGGGACAGAGUGGUUGUACAUAACAGCACUUUCUAUAUCCAUCCGCUAGAUGGCGAAGUUUUCGCACAAGUUAUAAACUUGUCUACCUCUUACGACGUGUACCUCCACGGACCUCUGGAAGUGCCAGAUAUAUCGACCAGGCACCAGCACUCUGCUGAAGACUUCUACAUGAAGCUCUACGUCACAGCAUUGACUGUGUAUACGUCUUCAGAGGCUGCUAAACUAAGCGUUGCUCAGAGACGCUGCCGCUUUCUCCACGAGAACAUCUUGCAGCACAAUUCUGUGUACACUUACACCAUGUGCCGCAUGGAGUGCCGGAUACGACUCUGUCUCAAGUAUUGCAAAUGCAUACCGCACUUUUAUAGGAGAAUUGGCGACGAGAAAACGUGUGAUAUCAGAGGUCUACAUUGUUUAUACCAGUAUAAAGACGAGCUGUAUAAACUACAAGAUAAAUCAGGAAAGAAAAUCAACUGCGGCUGCUUUCCAAUAUGCGACGAUGUCAACUAUGUUAUACAAUCCAAUGUACUACAAGAAUGGUUCCUGGGAACCAAUCUGCAGUGGGGUAUCGUAACCUAUCCGAGGAUGAGGUACAGACGCGACAUUAUCUUCGGCUUCACAGAUGUACUGGUGGCCGUCGGCGGCAUGGCGGGCUUGUUCCUCGGCUGCAGUGUCCUCAGCUUCAUGGAGAUUGUUUAUUUUCUAACAUUACGGCUGAUUUGUUACACGCACAGAUCUGCAUCAAAGUAGUAAAUUACUAUGUUGUAACCACCUACUAUGUUCUAGUCACUUACUAUGUUGUAGUCAAUCACUGUGUUGCAGCCACUCACUAUAUUGUAGUCACCCACUGUUGUACUCACUAUGUUGUAAUUACCUACUAUGUUAAAGUCACUCUCUAUGUUGUAAUCACUGACUAUGUUUAAUUACAAAUAUAUAUUAUGUUGGGAUAUUAAAUUAUGAUCUUUUA